CUUUUCCACCUGUUCGCGCCCUCUGCCAUUGUCCUUGUACCGAGUCUAGACACCGGAUAUUGGCAUAUCUCCGUUGCCUGUCCCGACAAAGACCGCUUUUUGCCACACCGAGCCCCGGUUUCCAACGGAUUCCAUUGACCAGCAAUUGCGAGGAGCGACCUGCUAUUGUUCUGCACCGCCCCUGAUUGUCAAUGGGACUAGGGAUAAAUGAAUAGCGGCGAAACACAGGCAAUUCCUCCAUUGUCUAUUAUUCAGCAAUUGAGCAGAUCCUCUAUAUCUUGCAUCCGCAGCACAGCACGCGCGUUACAUCCUUUCUACCAGGAGCAACAGAAGCGGCAUUCGGAACGUUGCACACGCCUCUUCCGUCCCGCAAGUUCCUCAUCCCUCAAGCACUCAUUUUAGUCGGCAUUAAAUCAGCUUCCCUGGCCGCGCGAUCAACUCCCGGCGAAGAGCGCUCUCACCUUAUCUGACCCCAGCACACCUCUCAGGUUCAAUUCUUACUGUCACCGUUGAUGACAGAUCGCCUAUUCGCCACCUCGAUCCCAAUCUCAAGCAGUCAUAACUAAGUGUUAUGGCUGACAAACCCACCGCUCGUGCUAUGCAGCUGCCCGUGUCGCACCCUGGGGACCAAACAGCAACAAGACCGCCCUGGGCCCCCUCAUCCUCUCCGCCCACCUACUUUCCCCCAACACCAACAAAAGAGAUGCAGGACGCAGGUGCGCUGCCGCAGGACAGGCAUUCCCCGAUGGCGUCAAAGCAGAAGAAACCCUACGAUAUCAGCAACCUAAUGUCGCCUCCCGAGCCCGCACCCCUGGACAUGUACAGGUCAACGAGCUCGACGACCGGGAAACCUUCCUCGCCCACCGACGAGGCCCGGGUGUCUCAUCAACCUCUGUCUCCGCCCGUUUCCCCCUUCUCCCAGGCGGCCAAUACAGUUAACGCGGCACCGCCCCUGAGUCUCGGCGGCAAAGAUCCGAUUCUCUACCCCGCCGGCGGCGAACCCUCCUCGAGCUCCCCGACCGGUCCCUUGUUCACACCUACCGCGGGUUCGGUCGAGAAUCUAAAGGCGACUACGGAGCGGUUGGUCAACGCGCACAUCGCAUCCAGGCCCGCCGGUUACUUCCGGGACUCGACGCCACCGAGGCCAGAGGACUACGAGCUGGCCCUCUACUUCAAGUCCAACUGCUUCCGCAUGUUCCAGGACAACCCGAAGGAAUGGCUGCGCAAGGAGCGCGAGCUCCUCAGGGCCGACCGAAAACAUACGGCGCACUCGUACCAGCCCAGCAAACUGCCGCACAUCUUGCCCGCCUCGAAGCCUGCAGUCCUAGGCCCGCAGACGACCAAGGCCCCAGCCGUGCGCGUUCAGAAGCCAAGAUCCCCGAAGACGAAGCCACAGCAACCGCGGCCGAUUCGGGCAACCCCGGCGCCGGUGCGCGAGACGAUCCGCGUCGGCACGCCGGAGCCCCGAGUUCGGACAGUUGCGCCCAACCGCGAGGAUAAGGAUUUUGCGGCGCUGGAGGAUCUCUCUCCGCCCCUCAGCUCGCUCCCCUCGAAGCCAAACAGCCUCAAGGUCGAUUGGAAGGGCAACGCGCUGGACCUGAGCAACGACCCGCACCGGCAUCUCCUGCACCCCGACGAGCUGAUCCUGGCCAGCAAUCUCCGGCUCGACUGCGCGACCUACCUCACCAGCAAGCGGCGCAUCUUUCUGCGGCGGCUCGAGUGCGCCAAGAUCGGCAAGGAGUUCCGCAAGACGGACGCGCAGCAGGCGUGCAAGAUCGACGUCAACAAGGCGUCGAAAUUGUGGCAGGCCUACGAGCGCGUGGGAUGGUUGGACAUUGAGUGGAUGCGCAAGUACCUGGACCGAAAGCCGUAAAAUCCGGGUUCCGUUGAUUGGACGCAUUGUGGCGACUCCUUCGACUGACUACUUUGCCUUUUUUUUUCCUUUUCCUCCCCCCUUAUGGAUUGUUGUUGGCUUUCCUGCACCACACCCCAUGACUGACUUGAGGUUGGCGUUCUGCGGUUUCGUUACCUUUGUCUCAUCUCACGGCAUCACGUCACGGCACAGCAUCAGCAUCACGAAAUGAUCAUAUGAUACCCCCGAGCACCGAGGCAUUAUCGGCUAGCUCACCUUCCCGGUUUUGCAUUCCACUCCUGUUUCCCCUUAUCUCCUCCCCAUCCACUCACGGCAUUGCGUGGACAUUUAUGAUUUUGUUUGGGCGGGCGGUCAGCUGGUGGUGAUCGGAUAUAUUGCGCCAAAUCCAUACGGCGCGGUUAAUCUGGAUUCUACAGACAGAUCGGAGAGAGAGGACUGGACAGGACUCGACGGGACUGGUUAGGACUACACUAGGCAUGGUUGCAGAGUUGGGAGGCUACUUGUCGUCUUGCAUUUUCCGGCGUUGAGAUGUAGUGUGUUUUUGGAUUGUUGACGGGAAUGGCGAGGUCGCUCACCAAGAUCACCCAAGAGAAUGCAUUGUUAUUAUUAUCAAUAUACCCCGCCCCCCUCUCCCCCCGCU